AAAUCGAAUCAGUUUGUGUGAAAAUCGCGCCGGAUACGGACACGUACGUACGGACACGGCGGAGAAUCCGGAUAAUCGAGUGUGUGGAGUGGAGCGCCGGGUAAAAAAAUGACGAAAACUACUAAGCCCAAGGAAAAGGCGGCGGCGGGGGGAUCGGGAUCGGGAACGGGAUUGGGGGCCAAAGCGGGCGGUAGUCUGCUGACGAAUGCGGCGGACAGCAAGAUCCGUACGGCCAAGUCCAACAACAACAAGCGGCAGUCAGGACGAUCGGCAGCAGCAACAGCAACAGCAACAGGAUCAAAUGCAGCCACGAAAGAGACGGCAAUAACGGCGAUCGAAACGGAGCCAGCAGAGGGAGAAGCAGCGACGCCAACGGCGCAGCCAACGGAGGCAGCGACGCCCGCCGCAGCGAAUUUAUCGACACUUGAGUCCGCGCGCUCGCAGGCUCACACUUCAGUUGUCAGCGAAACAGCAAGCCAAGCGGUUACCACACCAAACGCGUCGGCAACAGCAACAGUAAUAGCAACAGCAACAGCAACAGCAACAGCAAGCGACACAGCAGCAACAUCGAUCAAUGACGACGAUCAGCCCAGUGCGAUAAAUCAUAAUCAAAAUAAUAAUAAUCAGCCGGCCGAGAACAACGCGAGUGAAAGUGUCCACCAGAAAGUGUCCACCAUCAAGUGUCUGCCCGAAAGUGUCCAUCAGAUCUACGAGCAGCAGCAGCAACAGUUUAUAAGCCACCAGCAACAGCAGCAACAUCAGCAACAGGAGCAACACCAUCAGCAACAUCAGCAGGCGGUGCAGGAGCAACACCAAGCCAAUUGGCUGGCCUAUGACCUGACCAGCGGCUCAGCAGCAGCGGCGGCAGCAGCGGUAGCCUUGCCCCACCAUCUCUUUGGCCACCACCACUUUCCCUAUCCCACCAGUCAUCCACCCGCCCAGCUGUACGAGCACUACGCCAGCACGGAUCCCAUAAUGCGGAACAACUUUGCCCUGUAUAGCGUUUACGCCGGAGGCGGUGGAGUGGGCGUGGGCAUGCCCACAGCCGAACAUUUGGCAGCGGCAGCGGCGGCAGCAGCAGCAGCACAGGGUCCCAAUAUCGAUGAGGUCAUCCAGGACACCCUGAAGGAUGAGUGCUUCGAGGAUGGGCACAGCAGCAACUAUCAUGUGCUGACCUCCGUUUCGGAUUUGCAUACCCUAAAGGAGCCGAGUCCGUAUGCUUUAACCCACGAGCAACUCCACCAGCAGCAGCUGCAUCAUCAGCAACAGCAGCAGCAACUCUACCACCAGCAACAGCAACAGCAGCAGCAGCAGCAGCAACAUCACCAUCAUCACAACAACUCCACCAGUUCGGCGGGCGGGGAUUCACCCUCAUCCUCGCACGCCCUGUCCACCCUGCAGAGCUUUACCCAGCUGACCAGCGCCACCCAGCGGGAGAGCCUCUCGCCGGAGAACGACACCUACUUUGGGGUCGCCAGCAGCUUGCAGAACAGCUCUGCUUAUGCUGGAUCCUUGCUCACCCAGACGGUCAAUGGCAUUCAGUACGGCAUGCAGUCGCCCAACCAGACGCACGCCCACCUCCAGCAGCAGCACCUCCAGCAGCAACAGCAGCAGUUGCAGCAACACCAGCAGCAGCAGCUGCAGCAGCAACACCAUCACCACCAGCAGCACCACCACAACUCCAGCAGCAGCAGUCCGGGGCCAGUGGGUCUGCACCACUCGAGCUCCUCGGCGGCCACAGCGGCGGCGGUGGCGGCGGCCACGGCGGCGGUCAAUGGACACAACAGCUCCUUGGAGGACGGCUACGGAUCGCCCAGGAGCAGCCACAGUGGCGGCGGCGGCGGCGGUGGCGGCGGUGGUGGAGCCCUUCCAGGCUUUCAGAAGUUCGUGAGCAGCGGCUAUGUGAGUGGCGUGGCCAAUGGCUCGGUCAGUGGCGCCGAACGCUACGCUCCGAUGAGCAAUUACCGCGGCCAGAACGAAGCCUGGUUCGAUCAAAUGGGCUACUCCUCGGCCGCCGCUGGACAGACGCAACUGGGCGUCGGAGUUGGACCCGGAGUGGUGACCAAUGUGAUACGGAAUGGCAGGGCCAUCUCGGCGGCCAAUGCAGCAGCCGCAGCGGCUGUGGAUGGAACCACUGGUCGCGUCGAUCCCACAGCCUUUCUAUCCGCCUCGGCAUCGCUGUCAGCAAUGGCCGCUGAAUCAGGCGGGGAUUUCUAUAAGGCCAACUCAUUUAAUGUGGGCGGCGGUGGCCGUAGUAAGGCCAACACGAGUGGUGGCCCCACCUACUCCCCCGCCUCCUCCUCCUGUCCAGGCUCGAAUGCAGCCGCGGCGACUUCGGCGGUGGCGUCGGCAACGGGAGCCACUGCAGCGACGACGCUCGACGAGCACGUUAGUCGCGCCAAUUCGAGACGCUUGAGCGCCUCCAAGAGAGCCGGACUAUCCUGCUCCAAUUGCCAUACCACCCACACUUCGCUGUGGCGUCGCAAUCCCGCCGGAGAGCCCGUCUGCAAUGCCUGCGGACUGUACUUUAAGCUCCACAAUGUCAACCGACCGCUGACCAUGAAAAAGGACACCAUUCAGAAACGCAAGCGCAAGCCGAAGGGUUCGAAGAGCGAAAAGUCCAAGUCCAAGUUGAAGAACGCGUUGAAUGCCACCAUGGAGAGCGGCUCCCUGGCGGCCAAUUGCCAAAAUGUGGGCCUGGGCCUGGACAGCAGCCACAUGGACGUGAAUGAUGAUAUGAAACCACAGAUCGAUAUGAAACCAUACAACUCAUACUCAUCGCAGCCGCAGCAGCAGUCGCAUCCGCAGUACUCGCAGCAGCAGCAGCAGCUGCUAAUGGCUGACCAGCACUCAUCGGCGGCCAGCUCGCCACAUAGCAUGGGUUCCUCCUCAUUGUCGCCCUCAGCCACCUCACAUCAGCAUCAGCAUCAGUCGCAUCCUCAUCAGCAGCAGCAGCAACUCUGCUCUGGACUCGAUAUGUCGCCCAGCUCCAACUACCAAAUGUCGCCACUCAAUAUGCAACAGCAGCAGCAGCAGCAACAUCAGCAGCAGCAGCAGCAAUCGUGCAGCAUGCAGCAUUCACCCACCACGCCCACAUCCAUCUACAAUACUCCAUCGCCUACUCACCAGCUCCACAAUAACAACAACAACAAUAAUAGCACGCUAUUCAACAACAACAAUAACAGUAGCAAUGAGAAUAACAGCAAACUUAUACAGAAAUAUCUACAAGCUCAGCAACUGAGCAGCAGCAGCAACAACAAGAACAACAACAACAACAACAGCAGCAACAGCAGCAGCGGCUCCACCAGCGACCAUCAGCUAUUGGCCCACCUCCUGCCGAACUCAAUUACGGCGGCAGCAGCAGCAGCGGCGGCGGCGGCGGCAGCAGCAUCGGCGGUGAUCAAGACGGAGGCCCUGUCCCUCACCUCCCAGGCCAACUGCUCCACGGGAUCGUCGGCGGCGGGGGGACUUACGAUCAGCCCCACAACACCGACCACGGCAUCGAGCACAUUAUCGUCGCUGGGCCACAGCAACCUUAUUAGCCUGCAGAAUCCCUACCAUCAGCUGAGCCUGCGACAGGCGGUGAUGGGAGGGAGGGCCUCACCACCCUACUACCUGACGCCCGAGGAGGAUGAGCAGCCGGCGCUCAUCAAGCUGGAGCAGAUGGAUCAGCAGGGGCAUCCUCAGCAGCAGCAGGCACAUGGAGAGAUAAUGCUCAGCCGAUCGGCCUCGCUGGACGAGCACUACGAACUGGCCGAAUUCCAAAGACAUCAGCAGCAGCAGCAGCAGCAGCAGCAGCAGCAGCAACAUCUGCAGCAGCAACAGCUUUUGGGCCAACAGCAACAUGAGCAGCAUGUGACCAACUAUGCCAUGCACAAGUUCGGCGUGGAGCGGGAAACGGUGGUGAAGAUGGAGUAGAGCUAAGUAGAGUAGCAAGUAGCUGUAGCCAUGACCAAAGAUUCUGUUGUUACAUAAAUCUCAUAGCUCCAAAGAAUUUAUAGCCUGUAUACCAAGAGUCGUUCUCAAAGAACGUUCUCGCUUAUCUAAAAACUAAAAACU